UCUCUCUCUCUCUCUCUCUCUCUCUCUCUCUGUAUCCUAUCGUUACAUACAUGUAUAUAUGUAUGUACACACACGUAUAUACUGUAAUACUUACAGCUAUCUCAUCUGCCAUUUAAUACCCCACCUGUCUAGUAUUUCUGGUAGAAAAAUUCAAUUCUCUUAAUUGAACCCCACCUGUAAUUUCAAGCUCUUUCCCAUUCAUAUACUACUACACCCCUAACCGCUCAUUACACCCCAUCACCCCCCCUCUCUCUCCCUCUACCUUUCUCUCUCUAAAAUGGACUCUCUCACAUCCUCUUCUCUCUCUCCCUACUACCACCUCAUCUUCACCGCCCUCGCCUUCGUCGCCUCGGGCCUAAUCUUCUUACUCACCCGCAAAUCCAAGGCCAAGAAACUCAACCUCCCUCCGGGCCCGCCGGGCUGGCCCGUCGUCGGGAAUCUCUUCCAGGUGGCCCGGUCCGGAAAGCCCUUCUUCGAGUACGUGAGGGACAUCCUGUUGCCCAAGUACGGUCCCAUUAUCACGCUCCGGAUGGGGACCCGGACCAUGAUCAUCAUAAGCAGCGCCGAGCUCGCCCAGGAGGCCCUGAUCGAGAAGGGCCAGGUGUUCGCGACGCGGCCCAGGGAGAAUCCGACCCGGAUCAUUUUCAGUUGCAACAAGUUUACGGUGAACGCCGCCCUGUACGGCCCCGUUUGGCGGUCGCUGCGGCGGAAUAUGGUUCAAGGCAUGCUUAGCUCCGCCAGGCUCAAACAAUUCGGCAAAGUGAGAAACGUAGCAAUGGACAGGCUGAUCGCAAGGAUAAAAUCCGAAGCCGACGCGAACAACGGCACCGUUUUCGUCCUCCGAAACGCCCGGUUCGCCGUGUUCUGCAUCCUCCUAACCAUGUGCUUCGGCGUCGAACUGGACGAGGAAAUGAUAGAAAAAGUCGAUCAGAUGAUGAAAGUCGUCCUGUUGGUUCUCGACCCGCGACUGGACGAUUACUUACCCCUCCUGAGCCCCCUCUUCUCCAAACAAAGAAAGCGAGUGAAAAUAGUCCGGAACGAGCAAAUCCAAACCCUAGUCCCCUUAAUCGAGAAACGCCGGUCCUUGCUCGAGAACCUCGAAUCCAACCCCGACGCGAUGCCGUUUUCGUACCUGGACACCCUGUUCGACCUCAAGAUCGAAGGGCGAAAAUCCACGCCGACCAACGCGGAGAUCGUGACCCUCUGCUCGGAGUUUAUCAACGGCGGUACCGACACGACCGGGACGGCCAUCGAGUGGGCCAUAGCCAGAGUCAUCCAGAACCCGCAGAUCCAAACCAAGCUCUACGAGGAGAUCAGGUCCACCGUGGGAGACAAAAAAGUCGAAGAGAAAGACGCCGAGAGGAUGGUCUACUUGAACGCCUUCGUCAAGGAGCUGCUGCGCAAGCACCCGCCGACGUACUUCUCGUUGACCCACGCGGUAACGGAGCCCGCUAAGCUCGCGGGCUACGACGUGCCCACGGACGCCAACGUCGAGAUAUUCUUGCCGGGCAUCUCGGAGGACCCGAAGAUAUGGAAGGACCCGGAGAGGUUCGACCCGGAGAGGUUCUUGACGGGCGGGGAGGAGGCGGACAUAACGGGCACGAACGGGGUGAAGAUGAUUCCGUUCGGCAUCGGGCGGCGGAUCUGCCCCGGGUUGAGUAUGGCGACGGUGCACGUGAAUCUGAUGAUAGCCCGGAUGGUUCAGGAGUUCGAGUGGUCCGCUUGCCCGGAAGGGAGUAAGGUUGAUAUGGCUGAGAAGUUGGAGUUUACGGUGGUGAUGAAGAACACCUUGAGAGCUAAGGUGAAACCAAGGGUUUAAUUUAACAAACUGAUGUGCUUAAUUGUUGAGGUGACAGCCGGUCUCUCUCUCUCUCUGUGGCGGUGGCGGUGGCGGUGCCCCUAACAGAACACCACUAUCCAUUAUACGUUUCUGUGGGAUAGUACAAUACACAGAAAUCUGUCAUAUAUGGUGCCUGAAGACCGAUGAAUAAUUAUUCCUGUCUCUAGUAGCUAUGGGUGCAUACUUUAAAUUAAUUUGGUUUUUUUGUUUUCCAAAUAGGUCAUGGAAGAUUGUGGUCUUCAAUUUUCAUGCUUUUUUUUUUUUUGCUUUAUAAAUUUUGGUGUGGUAUAAUAAUGGGUAUUGAAUCCAUUAAAGUGUGCUUGAUAUUGAGUGUUAGAACUCUUAAUACAAUUAUACAAGGACAAAUAAA